GUUGGCGGCGAUGGGCUCCGCGCUGCGCUUUCCCCUCCUGCUCCUUCUGGGGCUCGCCGGCCCCGCGGCCACGCUCGCCGGUUACAUCGAGGCGCUGGCAGCCAAUGCUGGGACAGGGUUUGCGGUGGCAGAGCCUCAAAUUGCCAUGUUCUGCGGGAAGCUAAAUAUGCAUGUGAAUAUCCAGACUGGGAAAUGGGAACCUGACACUUCUGGGACCAAGAGCUGCUUUGGAAGAAAGGAAGAGAUUCUGCAGUACUGCCAGGAGAUGUAUCCAGACCUUCAGAUUACGAACGUCGUGGAAGCCAAUCAACCUGUCAGCAUCGACAGCUGGUGCAAGAGAGGGAAGAAACAGUGCAAGGACCACACUCAUAUUGUCGUGCCCUACAAGUGCCUGGUGGGUGAGUUUGUAAGCGAUGUCCUGCUGGUUCCAGAGAAGUGCCGAUUCUUCCACAAGGAGCGGAUGGAUGUGUGUGAAAGCCAUCAGCACUGGCACACUGUGGCAAAAGAGGCCUGUCUGACAGAAGGGAUGAUCCUGCACAGUUACGGCAUGCUGCUGCCCUGCGGAAUAGACCAGUUCCAUGGAACAGAAUAUGUAUGUUGUCCUCAGACAAAGGUUGUGGAUGAAGCUCUGUCCAAAGAGGAAGAGGAUGAAGACGAGGAUGAAGACUAUGACCUUUAUAAAAGUGAGUUCCCUACAGAGGCAGGUGUAGAAGACUUCACAGGAACGGCUGUGGAGGAAGAUGAGGAUGAAGAAGAUGAAGGGGAAGAGGAGGAGGAUGUGGUGGAAGACCGUGAUUACUAUUACGAUAGCUACAAAGUUGACGAUUACAAUGAAGAGACUCCCACAGAGCCUAGCAACGACAAGGCUGUUUCCGAAAAAGAAGUCAGCAGCGAUAUGAAAUCUGUCUGCUCGCAGGAGGCGAUGACAGGGCCCUGCCGGGCUGUGACGCCUCGUUGGUACUUCGACCCUAACAAGAGAAAAUGCAUUCGCUUUAUAUAUGGAGGCUGCGGAGGCAACAGGAACAAUUUUGAGUCAGAGGAGUAUUGUAUGGCUGUGUGUAAAAAGAUGAUGCCAACUGAUGAUGUGGAUGUCUACUUUGAAACCCCCGCUGAUGACAACGAACAUGCCCGCUUCCAGAAGGCAAAGGAGCAGCUGGAGGUCAGACACCACAACCGCAUGGACCGGGUGAAAAAGGAAUGGGAGGAAGCGGAACACCAAGCUGUAAACCUCCCCAAGGCAGAGAGGCAGACUCUCAUUCAGCACUUCCAGGCCAUGGUUAAAUCUCUGGAGAAAGAGGCAGCAAGUGAGAAGCAGCAGCUUGUGGAAACUCACCUGGCUCGUGUGGAAGCCAUCUUGAAUGAUCGCCGUCGGAUUGCUCUGGAGAAUUACCUGGCUGCCCUGCAGGCUGACCCACCGCGCCCCCACCGCAUUGUGCAAGCUCUGAAGCGCUAUGUUCGUGCUGAGAACAAGGAUCGUCUGCACACCAUCCGCCAUUACCAGCACGUCCUGGCAGUUGACCCAGAAAAGGCUGCACAGAUGAAAUCUCAGGUGAUGACGCAUCUCCAUGUGAUUGAGGAGCGAAUGAAUCAAAGCUUGUCUCUGCUCUACAAGGUGCCAUAUGUGGCUGAAGAAAUCCAGGAUGAGAUUGAUGAGCUGCUUCAGGAGCAACGUGCAGACAUGGAUCAGUUCACGUCCUCCAUUUCUGAAUCCCAGGUGGAUGUCAGAGUGAGCUCCGAGGAGAGCGAAGAAAUUCCCCUGGAGGGCAAACCUUUCCGUCCAUUCCAGGUGAAAACCUUCCCAGCCUUGCCUGAAAGCGAAGAUCCUCAGCCGGAUUUGUACCAUCCAAUGAAAAAAGGUUCUGGCAUGACGGAGUUGGAUGGGCUGAUUGGCGCUGAAGAAAAAGUGAUUAACAGCAAGAACAAAGUGGAUGAAAAUGUGGUAAUUGAUGAAACCCUUGAUGUGAAGGAAAUGAUUUUCAAUGCGGAGCGUGUCGGUGGGCUGGUGGACGAGCCGGAUAAUGACAGCUCCCUUCGCGAUGACUUCAGUUUCAGCAGCAGCGCCCUUAUUGGUCUGUUGGUGAUUGCUGUUGCCAUAGCUACUGUUAUAGUCAUCAGCUUGGUGAUGCUGAGGAAGAGGCAGUAUGGGACCAUCAGCCAUGGAAUCGUGGAGGUUGACCCGAUGCUUACCCCAGAAGAGCGGCAUCUGAGCAAGAUGCAAAACCACGGCUACGAGAACCCCACUUACAAAUACCUGGAGCAGAUGCAGAUAUAAAAGAGAUGAAGAUACAACAGCCCUGACCGGGAAAGGAGCGGGGCGGAGGGCCAAAGGGGUCCAGCGUUUUGGAUCAACUACUGACCAACAGUUGCUUCGAGAGGACUUCAUCUUACAUUCAGAACUCCUGGAUCAUUAAGACUAUAAUUACUACUGUAGAGUUGCAAUUUCCAUUCUUUUAAAUGGGUGAAGAAAUGAAUAAUAUAACAAUAUGAUAUAUAAAUCUCCUUAAAUGGGAAAAAUGGAUCUAUUGCAGAUAUUUGACUGAGAUGUAGUUUUCUUUUUUUUUUUUUAAAUAAUCUGAAAAAUACCGGUUCCAUUGUACUGUUGUCUGAUACAAGCUCUAUAUAUAUAAAAUGGGAAAUGUUGAUUUUUAUUUCUGAUAGCCCACCUGUAUAUUGAGGGUCGUUUGUACCAGCCCGCCUUGUAAAAAGGAGACAGUUGUGGCUCUUCAGUCAUUUUGGCUUUUAUAUAUAAAGCAGUAUUCUUCUUUCCUUCUUUUUUUAAAUUUUUUCUUU